AAACACAGGCCGCCUCUAUUUCUUAGUUUGUGAGUCUCAGCCACUUUAUUUCCCUCUGCUAAAACCCCCGCCGCUCUCACACAAUUUUAUUACUCUGUAUCUUAUGAACUCUAACUAAAAACUUUCGCCAUCAAUUGCUCAAAAGCCCUUCUGGGUCGGAUUGGAUUCAAGCUUUUAUUGGUAACAUAUCAAUUUACUUGUGAAAAUGGCGGGGAGGUCGAAUAAAGGGAGAGGCAAGAAGGGUUCGAAUGCUACUGCAGCGAAUAACUCUACUUCCUCGGAGUCAGCUGUGGCAGUCGCUGCUGCUGUGAAAGAUAAUGUAGUUGUUUCGGAGACUAGGGAUAGUGUUGAGGCUAAUGGAGCACCAGCUGUGAGUGAAAUAACUAGUGCUGUACCGGAAGGGAAAGAGUCUGAAACCGUAACUCCGGUUAAUGAGCAAAAGCAGGGUGAGCUUCAUCUUUAUCCUGUCUCAGUCAAAACACAAAGUGGCGAGAAGCUUGAGUUACAAUUAAAUCCUGGAGAUUCAGUUAUGGAUAUAAGGCAAUUCCUUCUUGAUGCUCCUGAGACUUGUUUCUUUACAUGCUAUGACUUGUUGCUGCGCACAAAAGAUGGUUCAGCUCACCAUCUUGAAGAUUACAAUGAAAUCUCUGAAGUAGCUGAUAUUACUACUGGUGGUUGCUCAUUGGAGAUGGUUCCUGCUCCUUAUGAUGAUAGAUCAAUUAGGGCUCAUGUUCACCGCACAAGAGAAUUGCUUUCAUUAUCGACACUCCAUGCAUCACUAUCAACGUCGCUUGCAUUAGAGUAUGAGGCAGCACAGAACAAGACUCCAAGUUCAGAUACUGUGAAAACGGAGGUCCCUGAGCUUGAUGGACUGGGUUUUAUGGAGGAUGUAGCUGGAUCACUUGGUAAACUGUUAUCAUCUCCAUCCAAAGAAAUCAAGUGUGCGGAGAGUAUCGUGUUUUCAUCCUUCAAUCCUCCCCCAAGCUAUAGGAGGCUUGUUGGCGAUUUAAUAUAUUUGGACAUAGUGACAAUAGAAGGUAACAAGUAUUGCAUAACCGGCACCACAAAGACAUUUUAUGUUAAUUCAAGUACAGCCAAUGUUCUUGACCCAAAACCUAGUAAGUCUACUUCUGAAGCUACAACACUUGUUGGUCUCCUGCAAAAGAUCAGCCUGAAAUUCAAAAAAGCUUUUCGUGAAAUUUUGGAGCGGAAGGCCUCUGCACAUCCUUUCGAAAAUGUUCAAUCUCUUCUGCCACCAAAUUCAUGGCUUGGAUUGAAUCCAGUUCCUGAUCAUAGACGUGAUGCAGCCAGAGCAGAGAAUGCACUGACUCUUUCAUAUGGUAGUGAGCUGAUCGGGAUGCAAAGGGAUUGGAAUGAGGAGUUGCAAUCUUGUCGAGAGUUUCCCCAUACAGCUCCUCAGGAAAGGAUCUUGAGGGACAGGGCUCUCUACAAAGUGACUUCUGAUUUUGUUGAUGCUGCCAUUAGUGGUGCUAUUGGAGUCAUCAGCAGAUGUAUUCUGCCUAUAAAUCCAACAGAUCCAGAGUGCUUUCAUAUGUAUGUUCACAACAACAUUUUCUUUAGUUUUGCUGUGGAUGCGGAUCUUGAACAGUUAUCUAAGAAACAAACAACAGAUUCUGUUCCCAAAACUGAGAAUGUUUCUUCUUCACCCAAUAUAUCUGAAAAGGUCUCAGAUCUAUCGCAUGGGCACAGUGGGAAAUCCAAUGGGGUUUGUGAUGCAUCAGCCAUAGGAGAAAGUAAUGGUGUUAUAGAAUCAGCUCCUGAAUUGCCCUCUGAGAGCCAAUUGGCUGAGAGUGAGCAGGCUACAUAUGCUUCUGCAAACAAUGAUUUGAAGGGUACCAAGGCCUACCAGGAAGCUGAUGUCCCUGGACUGUAUAAUCUUGCCAUGGCCAUAAUUGAUUACAGGGGUCAUAGAGUGGUAGCACAGAGUGUUUUGCCUGGCAUUCUUCAAGGAGAUAAAUCAGAUUCACUUUUGUAUGGUUCUGUUGACAAUGGAAAGAAGAUAUGCUGGAACGAAGAUUUUCAUUCUAAGGUACUCGCAGCUGCCAAACGUCUCCACCUUAAGGAACAUACAGUUGUAGAUGGAUCUGGAAAUGCUUUCAAAUUGGCUGCGCCAGUGGAGUGCAAGGGCAUUGUUGGUAGUGAUGACAGGCAUUAUCUUCUGGACUUGAUGAGAGUAACUCCUCGUGAUGCGAACUAUGUUGGAGCUGGAUCCCGAUUUUGUAUUUUGAGGCCUGAACUAAUUGCUGCCUUUUGCCAGGCUGAAGCUGCAAAAAGAUCAAAGAUCGUGCCUAACUCUGAGGGAGAGCCUCAUGCAACUCCAGAGUCUUCAAAUGUUUCUGGGAUUGAUGAACAGGCAAAAACAGAGGCAACUGUAGCUGCAGCUUCUGCUGAAAGUCAGGAGAUCAUCCAAGAGAAAAAAGUUGAGACUGUUGAUGAACAUGCUUCUGGUCCUUCUGUGAGCUCUGAGUCAUACGACGAAAUACUUUUUAAUCCUAAUGUUUUAACUGAUUUCAAGCUAGAUGGGAGUCCAGAGGAGAUAGCAAAGGAUGAAGAAAAUGUGAGGAAAGCCAGUUCUUAUUUGGCAGAUACUGUGCUUCCAAAGUUCAUCCAGGACCUUUGUUCACUUGAAGUGUCACCCAUGGAUGGGCAGACACUGACUGAAGCCCUGCAUGCUCAUGGGAUUAAUGUGCGAUACAUCGGAAAGGUUGCUGAGGGAACAAAACACUUGCCUCAUUUAUGGGAUAUCUGUUCAAAUGAGAUUGUAGUCAGAUCUGCUAAGCACAUUAUCAAGGAUGUUCUGAGAGAUACAGAAGACCAGGAUCUUGGGCCAGCAAUCUCUCAUUUUUUCAACUGUUUCUUUGCAAAUUGUCAAGCUGUUGGUGGAAAAGGUCCUGCCAAUAGCUCACAGACAAAAACACAAAAGAAAGAUCAAGCCAGUCAUCAAUCUUCAGGAAAAUCUUCUAGGGGCCAGACAAGGUGGAAAGGAACAUCUGCUAGAAAGAGUCAAUCGUCAUAUAUGAAUGUUAGCUCAGAAACUGUAUGGUCUGAGAUCCGAGAAUUUGCUAAACUUAAAUAUCAGUUUGAGUUGCCGGAGGAUGCAAGGUCAAGGGUGAAGAAAGUUUCAGUUAUACGCAAUCUUUGCCAGAAGGUGGGAGUUACAGUUGCAGCUCGCAAAUAUGAUCUUAAUGCUGCAGCUCCUUUCCAAGUAUCAGAUAUCAUGGAUCUCCAACCCGUGGUAAAACACUCGGUUCCAGUAUGUUCAGAAGCUAAGGAUCUUGUGGAAACAGGAAAGGUUCAAUUGGCCGAGGGAAUGCUAAGUGAAGCAUAUACAUUAUUCUCCGAGGCAUUUUCCGUUCUCCAACAGGUGACUGGUCCAAUGCAUCGGGAGGUUGCGAACUGUUGUAGGUACCUUGCGAUGGUUUUGUAUCACGCUGGAGAUAUGGCCGGAGCAAUAAUGCAACAGCAUAAGGAACUAAUUAUAAAUGAACGUUGCCUGGGAUUAGAUCAUCCUGAUACUGCUCACAGCUAUGGAAAUAUGGCUCUCUUCUAUCAUGGACUUAACCAGACAGAACUUGCCCUACGACACAUGUCCCGUGCAUUGCUCUUAUUGAGUUUGUCAUCUGGCCCAGAUCAUCCUGAUGUUGCCGCAACUUUUAUAAAUGUUGCGAUGAUGUAUCAGGACAUUGGAAAGAUGGACACAGCUCUUCGGUAUCUUCAAGAAGCCUUGAAAAAGAAUGAGAGGCUUCUAGGAGAGGAACACAUCCAAACUGCUGUAUGCUAUCAUGCUCUUGCCAUUGCAUUUAACUGUAUGGGCGCAUUCAAACUCUCACAUCAGCAUGAGAAGAAAACAUAUGAUAUACUCGUCAAGCAACUGGGUGAAGAGGACUCCAGGACACGAGACUCCCAAAACUGGAUGAAGACAUUUAAGAUGCGUGAACUUCAGAUGAAUGCACAAAAGCAGAAAGGUCAGGCUCUUAAUGCAGCUUCUGCUCAGAAGGCAAUUGAUAUUUUGAAGGCCCAUCCUGACCUUAUGCAGGCAUUCCAAGCUGCUUCUGCAUCUGGAGGAUCUGGGGUGAACAAAUCCCUCAAUCCAACAACAAUUCGAGGCAGAGGAGUAGAUGAAAGGGCUGCUCGUGCAGCGGCAGAAGUCAGGAAGAAAGCAGAAGCUAGGGGCCUUCCGAUUCGGCCACAUGGUGUUCCUGUCCAAGCUAUGCCACCUCUUACUCAGCUUCUCAACAUUUUUAACUCGGGGAUGACCCCUGAUGCAGUUGACAAUGAAGAAGCCAAUGGUGUCAAGAAGGAAUCCGAUGGCCAGCCUUCUAAUGGGCAAGCAGAUUCUACUAAAGACCAAGUACCGCCGCCACAAGUAGAUCCUGCUCCUGUUGGUUUGGGCAAAGGAUUGGCAUCACUGGAUUCCAAGAAACAAAAAUCAAAGCCAAAAACAGCAGCUUGAAAAUUGAGGCGGAGCUUUUACGUGGCAGCAAGACAUGAAUUUUUUCUCGAAAAUACGCUGGAGUUGAAGACUAAUGAGAUAUGGCAUUUGUGUUCUAUUCUUUCCCAAUAAUCAGGCUCGUAGGUCCAACGAGCAUCCAAUAUCUAGCAUGAACUGCCAAUUGAUGUGCCGUAUAGUCCGACGAGGUAUGAAAUACAAAGUGAAAUAAUGUGUCGUCAGAUAAGUAUUCAAAGUGUUCAAUAUUUUUGAGCAUUUUUUUUAUUUUUGAUGGUUAAUUACUUAUACUCUCUCCUGUCUGAAGUUAGGUAACCUUAUAGGGGCUUUUACUUUGUUUCAUCAGGUAUGUAAUUUUGAACUGAUUCUGUAUGGUAAUAAAAAUUACCAAACAGAAUGUUGUUUGAUUCCCUUUAACUGGGAUACAGUAGAGGAUCCUUAGCUGCAACUCGUUACUGAUGUACGAACUGUUGCAUCAGCAUGUUUCCGACUGAUCAUAGACGUAGCAUAUAAGUUGCCGAUUUUAUUUCUGUUAGGGUUUGAAAUCAGAAAUGGGCGAUAUUAUCCUACUUUUGGCAAUGAUAAACACCGAUUGGUCUUGGAUUUAGCGCCUUUCGGAUCAUGUCCGGACAUAAAUGUGACGACUUACUUUAUGGA